ACAAUGAGAGCUUUUGAGUCGGGACAGUCUCCAAGCGUCACACACAGUCAGACGAGCGCUACCUUUCGCAGAAGGAUCACACGGGUUUGCGCGCCCGGGAAUACAAAAACAACAAAUAUUUUUAAACGCAUUCCAAAAACUAGGAUAGAACAAGACAGCUGCUAAAAAAUAUCAACGAAUAAGUGCUCCCUCAUAAGUUCUUACAGUAGGCUGCGCGCUCUGAUUUGAGUGGAGACUUUUGCCGCCAGUGAGCGGCGCAAACCGCACUGCAAAAACAGCCGGAAUAGCCAUUCUCAGUGGAACACUGCUUUGCGCAGAAAUCUAAACUGAACGGAUUUCUCGUUUCCCCUGGCGCGCGACUGUACCAGAUUGCUGAUGCAGUAAAACCAAAAAUUUUGGUUGGAGCUGAAUCCUGAGAACGUGCAUCAGAAAUUUGUACGUGUCAAAGUUUAAAUCUCGGGUCUUCGUUUCGCCUACUUUUCUCCGAAGCCAUGGUGGGCAGACUUGACUUGCAGAGCGGUGACGACCCCCUCGACAUCCGCUGCAAAGCGGAGAGGACGCUGGACAGCCCGGACUCCGGGCUACCCCCGAGCCCCAGUCCGACCUCCUGGCUCCUGUCGCCGAUUGGCGACGACAAAGGGGCGUGCAGCCCGGUGUCUGAACACGACGGCGGCGGAAUAACGGGUCCCGUGCUGCCAGGUUCAUUCCCAAGGUUCCAUCAGCUGUCCUACGGCGAGGGCGUGGAGCUGCAGCCCCUCCCCCCUACAGAAGUCCGGUACACGUCCAGCGUGCGCUACGCCUCGGACCGCCACUUCAUCCAGGGGGUGUACCUGCAGCCGCGCGGCCUGGAGGUGGAGUCCUGCAGCCAGACGGUCCUGGCGUUGGCAGGAAGCACCUGGAGGCGGUACCGGACUCACCUGGAGCUCCUCCCCCGCCAUCGGCCGCUGAGCCACACCAGCACCGCCAUCGUGUUCCCCAAACACGCCCACACCGCCUGCCGCACCCAGCUACUCCACCGCGCCGGCGGCAGGAAGUCCGCCCGCCGCUUCCUGUCCAGUGUGGAGCUGGAGCCCCGAGAGGGCGGGGCCAACUGCUGAGGCUCGCCGCCGACUGGAGCGUUGUCUCCUACAGCCACGCCCCCUACCAUGAGACACGCGCACGCACACACACUAUACACACACACACUUACAACCCUCACCCGAACCCUAAUCCACAACGCAGACACUCAUACAAACAAUGAUACAAACCAAUUAAAACACAAAUACUGCCUAUCUGCCUGACUGACUGUCUGUCUGUCUGUCUGUCUGACUGACUUCCUGUCUGUCUGUCUGACUGACUGACUUCCUGUCUGUCUGACUGCAGCAGGACCGUUUCACAAGCUGACGGUUGAUGAGCAAACGCACGACCGCCUGGUGAAGUCGCCAUGCAGCAAGCCUGCUGCAGCAUCACUGCGUGCUAAACGUGCUAACGUGCUAACGUGCUAAACGUGCUAAAGGACGGUCGUGCUGUUUCCCAGUGGGCCAGAUGUAAGGGGGAUGUAUGGCAUCACGUUUGUUUUAUUUGUGGUUUCAGCUGAGAGAAGAGGACCGAAAUGCAGUCUGAGAUGCAUCAACAGUCAUUUUAUGCUCCAGAGCCAAGGGUGGCCGUGAUUGGAGCUUUUUUUUUUUUUUUUUUCAAACUUCAACUGCCAAAACGGAAAAAGUAGCUCAGCUUCGGGGGAGAGAAACGGUUUCCAUCGAGGCUCCAGACAGUGAAAGGCGUUCACAGCGAGGCAAUACAGCGAGGCGUGCUAAAUCCUUGAAGUGAUGAAGUGAAGUUAAUUUAAUUUACAGUUCACAUUUCGUUUUUUGAUGUGCAGGGUGCAAGUCAUGAAUAUCACGUUCUGUUCCUUUGAAGUUUAACUGCAUAGCAUUGUGGGUCGGUAUGAGUGUUCUGAACGGUGCUCUGUCCAGCCAAUUCUGGUUUUACUCUACAAAGCGAAAGAACUUUCACUUCAGAACAGUAUGGUAGAAAAAGAAGCCUUACCUGUGUAUCUAACAAGCUUUUUCAGAUAUAAAAUGUACAAAAACCCUUAACUUUUAACGUUGAAAUAACAGGAAAGUUUUUUAGUCACAUAUUUUAAUGUGUGCAACCAUUUUUAAGGAAAAACAUCUGGUUUAUAAAUAAGAGGAAUACCCGUAUUUGGAGGGUAGAGAGAUAGCCGUGAUGUCUCCAUGUAUAAAUAAGAACUGUGUUUCUUAUGGGACAUCAGGACACCACCACUUCAGUUUAACAUGAUGUUUUACACUGGGAGCUAAUCAUGUGUCCAUGGGCUGACUUUUCAGCAAAAGUUUAUAAAUAAAUAUAAAUUAAAAUGA